AUGGAACAGAUUGACAGAACUCUCCGAGGAACUCUUGCAAAGACCAUACACAUUGAACCCACAAGACAGAUGGCCAUCAAAAAAACCAACACUGAAGCACGAAAGAAGAUUUUGGAGGAUAAACAAGAAACCCUGGGCCGGGUUUUGUGCUCCUUGGCACUCAAGCACCACACUACUAACGGAUUACGUGAGAAUCGAUUGUAUAUCGCCCAAACCGCGGCACUUUGGAUCAUUGUUGAGAAAUCAAUUGAAUGCAACUCGUCACCAUACAUCAUCUUCAUUUACUAUGAGAAAGCGUUUGACAGUGUGGAUAGGAGAACUUUACGAAACCUCCUUCGACACAAUGAAGUGAACGGAGUACACUGCAAAGUCGUGCAUGGAGGACAUCUGACAGAUGCACUGCAAGUGAAAACCACUGGUGUAGCAGUAGUCUCUACAUUCAUCCUCAAAUACACUAUGAAGAGCACCAACCCAAACACACUUGAUGUCGAAACUUUGGAAGAGAGAGGAUCUGAUACGGGGGUGAAGGCAUUGGUUGCCAAACCAAGGACAGCAUUCCUACAAUUGAAGAGCAUUUAUAACUCGAAACAACUUCCAACAUCACAGUCAAAUAAACUGUGUGAAGAAUCAAUUAUGGAGUUUCAAAAAUAUUCUACAAUGAAUAGUGAUAAUAUUGAGAAGAAACAAUUAAACUUACGUCUAAGACGCGGACAUACAACUCUACUUAGCCUUAUGGGAUCAGAACUAAGCGAUUUAUCAAAAUCUGAUAAAAGUGAAACAGCCGAAGAUAGUUAUAAUGACUUUACAACUAUUUCGUUACCUUAUGAUCAAGCAAAUGAAUCUACAAAUGCAUUAAUUAAUGAAUACAUCCCAGAUGUUUUACCACUAACGACAGCAAAUCUUUCAAAGUAUAUAGUGAAACAGGAGAUUGUUUAUUGGAAUCAUGUAUUAUCUCAACAAAUUUCUAUGGAAUUAAUGAAUAAAUUAAAUGAUGAUAAAAAUGUGUCGAUUCUACUGUAUGGAGCUGAAACUUCCACAACUACCACAACCAUCAUGAAAAAGCAAAAUGUCAAUCAAUCGUCUCAAACUUGA